CUAGUCCACUGACUUCACUCCGAACGACCACCGCCUACUCUACGCCAUGACCGGCCUCCGACGUUCCCCACACACACUCCGCCUCCGCCGCGCGUACGGUACUAUGGCCGCCGCAUCCGCAAAGAGAGUCAUGAUAGGCAUCCGCAGAGAAGACCCCGCGAGAAUAUGGGAGAGGAGAUGUCCCCUCACCCCCGAUGUCGUCCAUGAGCUUGUACACAAGGACGGCGUCGAAGUCCUCGUGCAACCCUGCGAGAGACGGGUGUUCACCGCCAAUGACUUCAUAAGGGCUGGCGCGAAGCUGCAUCCCACCCUCCAGCCCGCGCAUGUCGUCGUGGGCAUCAAGGAGACACCCUUGCCUGAGGUUUUGACAGACCCUCUGUCCGCGCCUGGUUCACCCCACAAUGAUACAUCCGGUCUUGUGCCCCGCACCCAUGUCAUGUUCUCGCAUACGGUCAAAGGACAACUAUAUAACAUGGAGCUGCUCGGCAAGUACCUCGCAUCCGAGAACCCGCACGCGGUCCAGGGAGGCGCAUUGCUUCCCAGGCUUAUCGACUAUGAGCUACUGACAGGAGAGGACGGGAAGCGGACUGUUGGUUUCGGGUGGUUUGCCGGCGUUGCCGGCGCACUCGAAUCGCUAGUCGCCAUGGCUCACGCCCAUCUCGAGCUUGGGGUAGCGAGCCCGUUCCUGUGGACCCCGAGGCCACACACCCACCCAUCAUUAGCGUCUAUCCGUAAGACACUCCGGGACGUGGUCGGAGCGCAGAUCGCAAGUGACGGGACGCCCAAGAGCUUGGGGCCUUUGGUGAUUGGGGUCACUGGAACUGGGAACGUAGCGCAGGGCUGUCUUGACUUACUGCAGGACCUUCCCAUUCAGCAUAUUGGCGUAGACCAAUUACGCAGCAUCGUGACAGAUCCCAACACGGACCUGCGCAAGAUCUACGUAGUCCACGCGCUUCCCAAGGACUACUUCGGGCGGAAGGACGGUCGCGCGUUCGACCGCUCGGACUACUACGCCCACCCAGACCAAUACGUAUCCGAGUUCCACACGAAGAUCGCUCCGUACCUUUCCCUCCUCCUGCAUGGCGCAGGGUGGGCCCCGACGUACCCCCGCUUGAUGACGAACGAGCAGCUGACGACGACGCUCGAGAUCGCGCAGACGUUGGGUAAGGGCCGGUUCGCGUGCGUAGGGGACAUUAGCUGCGAUGUCAACGGCGGCUUGGAGUUCCUGUCGCAAUAUACGACGCUUUGUUCGCCGACCGUCGUGGCGCGACCCCCGACCCUCCCCGCGCAUCUGCCGUCGGUCACGAUGAUGGCCGUCGAUAUCCUUCCCACCGCGCUACCGCUCGAAGCGUCCCAGCAUUUCUCGGGGAAGUUCCUGCCGUACCUGCGGUCCAUUAUCUCAAGCUAUACGAGCAAAGAGGCCGCGAGCGAGGAAGAGAGGCUCACGAGGGAGGCCCUGGAGAGGGCGACGGUCGCGAGUGGAGGCGAAUUGAGAACGGGCUGGGAGUGGCUGAGAACGCCUCUGGGGGCGUGGAAGGAGAGCGUCGUCUCGGCCCAAUCGGGCGAGGUCUCUGGGAAGGGGAAGGAGAGGGAAGCGGCCUCGGGGUCGCAGCCGAAGAAGACGGUGUUGAUGCUUGGGAGCGGGAUGGUCGCCCCGCCGGCCGUGCAGGAGCUUUGCGGCCGGUCGGACGUGCAGGUGAUCGUCGCGAGCAAUGUUCUGGCGGAUGCCGAGCGGCUGACUCUGCCGUACGCGAACGCGACACCCGUGCUCGUGGACAUGGCGAACCCGGAGGCGGUGGAGAGAUUGGUCGCGGCGGCAGACGUCGUCAUAAGCCUGUUGCCGGUACCGUUCCACCCUUCUGUCGCCGAGCUGUGUAUACGUCAUCGGAAGCACCUCGUUACGGCAUCAUACAUCUCUCCUGCUAUGCGUGCGCUACAUGACCGUGCCGUCUCUGCAGACGUUGUUCUGAUGAACGAGAUUGGACUGGAUCCUGGCAUUGACCAUUGUUCCGCGAUGUCUUUGAUUGAUUCGUUGCGAGAACAAGGCAAGGAGAUCGUGUCUUUCACGUCGUUCUGUGGCGGCUUGCCUGCACCCGAGGAUGCGGACGUUCCGCUUGGGUACAAGUUCAGCUGGAGCCCGAAGGGCGUUCUGACUGCUGCGUCGAACUCGGCGUUGUUUAAGCUCCACGGCGAGCGCUGCGAGAUCGACGGCGAGGACUUGCUACGAACGUACUUCCCGGACGUUCCACUCUCCAAUGUCCUUAAGUUCGAAGGCCUCGCAAAUAGGAAUAGCUUGCCCUACGCAGGUGUGUAUGGCCUGGAACCCCUGGUUGGUAUCCGAACAAUAUUCCGCGGGACAUUGCGCUACCCGGGUUUCGCGGACCUCAUGUAUGCCUUCAAGGCUAUUGGCUUGCUAGACGUUUCGGCCACCGUCAAUCCCCAGGACUGGCAGUCGCUCGUCAGGGCGACGCUAGAGCAGAAACUGGGCAUCCCCAUCUUGGACGAGACUCGCUCGCUAAGGUCGGCGUUGCAAGACGUCAUCCCUCCUAAACAGCAGGACUCUGUCUUGGACGCACUACAUUGGCUGUCGAUCAUUCCUGAGUCCACAUCGGAGCAUGUACCCAGCAAGAACUUCGACCUCUCCCUACCGCCAUUACCUAGCAAACCCACGGCGCCGAUCGACCUCUUUGCCACUCUGCUCGCGCACAAACUGCGGUACGCGCCGAACGAGCGCGACCUCGUGGUCCUCUCGCACGAGAUCGUAGCGCGACCAAAGGGCUCUCGGGUUUCUCUCACCGCGCCGUCAGCGGACGAGGAGGUCCACAUGUCCUCGCUUGUCACGUACGGCACCAGGGAUGCCUCGGCGAUGUCGCGCACGGUGGGCUUGCCUGUCGCGUUCGCGGCGCUCCAGAUUCUUGAUGGAGGCGUGAGCGCGAGGGGCGUGCAAGGCCCGACGAGCAAGGAGGUGUAUGGGAACGUGCUGAGGAGGCUGGAGGAGGUCGGGCUGGGGAUGAGGGAGACUGUGAGGAAAGUGACGGCGCGGACCGCGUUGGGGCUGAGCGUGGAGGAGAGUUUGUGGGCGAGGUGGAGGGCGAUGCAGGAGACGGUGUGAAGCUUGAUUGGAAAUCAUGGGUGUACGUAUAGUAUAGAUACCAUUUGGACGGUCUGAAACAUGCCGUCAUACACGGCUACCACGCAAAGGCAGUACCUCGGGCGUGCUGUAUUAUGUGCGGUUUCCAAUGUCAGCUAUGGUGUAGGUGUUG